GUGUGUGUGUGUGUCUAUACGUGUGUGUCUGUGUAUGUGUGUGUCUAUACGUGUGUGUGUGUGUGUGUCUAUACGUGUGUGUGUGUGUGUGUCUAUAUAUGUGUGUGUGUGUGUGUGUGUGUGUGUGUGUGUGUGUGUGUGUGUGUGUGUGUGUCUAUACGUGUGUCUGUGUCUCUACGCCCCCCCCCUCCCAGGCCAGGAGGAGCAGCUGAUCCCCUACAGCCUGGUGCAGCCGGUGCAGGCGGGGGCGCGGCGGCCGGUUCUCUUCUCCCCCUCGCCGCUCUCCAGGGGGCUCAUAGAGCAGCUGCUGCAGCCCGCCAUGUCCCAGCUGCAGUUCAACACCUGCCCUCCAGAACCCAUCCCGGCCACCGAGAGGUGCCAGAAACACGUGUUUAUGCUGAACCCCUCGAUUCCAGACUACUCUCUGGGCAUCAGGCUGCAGUCCAUACAAGACAUCGUCAGCCAGGAUAAGCACUGUCUGCUGGAGCUCAGCCUGGCCAAUGUGCAGGGCCUGCUGAAGCAGGGAGUGUACCCAAUCGUCAUCCACAUCCAGCCCAAGAACAAGAAGAAGUGGUUUCCCCAGUGCGGAGAGGAGAAGUUGAUUGAGGAUCUGUGUCGGAGGGAGGAACUGCAGCUGGAGACUCUUCCACUGUUCCACCACACGCUGGAGCCCAGCCGCUGGAGCAGCACGGACGACCUGCUGUCCGCCAUCCGCAGUGCCAUCGACAGCCAACAGAGGGCGGUAGCCUGGGUGGAAUUUGAGAGACUGCAGUAACCGCAGCCGGCCGCCGGCCGCCAUACGCAGUGCCAUCCAGGACCAGCAGAGGGCGGUGGCGCGGGUGGAAGUACCGUCCUUAGCCAGUAGAGGGCACUGGGAUUGCUGGAACUGGACAGACUUCAGUAACUGCAAGGCAGGUUAUUGACCAGUAGGCGACACAUGCAUCUCGCCCACAAAAAAGGAAAUGUGGCAUUUCAUAGGAUUUAAACCACUGUAGUCUUUUUUAAUCAAACGACUGCAAAACCUUUGUUUGUAGAUAGAUUAUCGGAUGUGUUAUUGUCCUAUUGCGGUUGCUAUAUAUGUAAAUUCAUUCAUUUAAAUUAAUAGGGCUAUUGGUACACAAUACCAAUACUUGGUGUUGUGUUCUGGGGCUGACAGCGGCUGGCACAGUCCACCAGAACAGACGUUCUCACAGAGCCUUUCACUCACUCUGGCAGCGUCUUUAGAGGGCCAUGGGGGUAGAUUACCAGGCUGUAUACCUCAAAGAUUCACUCAGGUGUUAUUCUCAUCCAAUCCAGAACCGGCCAAGGAAAUAACUCUUCGGAUCUGUAUUUUUUUUAAUCUGUUGACCAGGUUAAAGUUCAAAUUGUUUCACUUUGUGUUUGUACAAAUGCACAACAUUAAA